AUGAAGUUCCCAGUUCUCAGCACCUUGGCAAUGAUCGUCGCUAUUGCCUAUGCACAAGACUUUGACGACGAGUUUGGAGGACCAAUUGUUUAUGGGGGUGGUCAAUGUGACGAUUUCGGGAAAAGGUGUGGCUCGACUUUGGAUUGCUGCGGUAUUUACGUUUGCCGCGCCGUGGAUGACAAGCCUUUCAAAAUAUGCAAGGUGGACGAGUGCCGUGCUCUCGGCAAAGGUUGUCAAGUAGACUCGGAGUGCUGCAGUGGGGUUUGCACCUGGGUGGACCCUAAAAAUCUCAAUUCAGGCGCUCGGGAAUGUAAGAAGGACCGAGCUUGCCGAACCGAAGGAGAUAUCUGUGACAACGGCAAAUAUGCUUGCUGCAAGGGUCUUACAUGCACUGGAGAUCUCGACAAAACACGACGAUGCUACUAG